AUGGUCUCCCUAUUCAGAGGCAAAGCCCUUCGGGUGGCUCAGGCGCUUCUCAUUGUAGCUCCUGCUUUCAUUGUCUUCGGUUAUAACCAAUCCGGACUGGGUCCCCUCGCAACUUUGCAGAGCUGGGUCAAGGUCUUCCCUGAAAUCGACACUAUCAACACGGAGGGUGCCCAGCGCUCAAAGAACUCUACAAGCAAAGGUGUUGUGAUUGCGUCUAUGCAACUUGGUGCCCUUGUGGGAGCUCUCUCAUGUACAGCAUUGGGUGAUCGACUUGGUCGACGAAAGACUAUCUUCCUUGGUGGUAUCCUUACAAUCAUUGGUCAAUUGCUACAGACUGCCGCCUACGGUCUACCUCAGUUCAUCGUCGGUCGUGUUAUCCUUGGUCUUGGUAUUGGUCAAUUCAGCGUUGCCGUCCCUGUCUGGCAAUCCGAAUGUACUUCGGCCAAACACCGUGGGCAACACGUUAUUGUUGACGGCAUCUGUAUCUGCUUGGGUUACACCCUGUGCAAUUGGAUCGACUUUGGCCUCAGCAAAGUCAGUGGCUCUCUGCAAUGGCGGGUUCCACUUGUGGUCUCCUUCUUCUUCUCACUGAUUGUCUUGGCCGCGGUUUUCCUGCUUCCCGAGUCUCCUCGAUGGCUCGUCAGUGUUGGCCGUAUCGAAGAGGCCACGGAGAGUCUUGCUGCCUACAAGGGUGUCCCGGAUGACGACGAGUCGGUCCGUGUCGAAAUCUCCGGUAUUGAGACUUCGUUGGAAGUUUCAGCCGAUAGUGCCUCCCUCAAAGAUAUCUUCAACUUCAACAAGCCCGAUGAGGAGCGCCUGCUGUACCGCUUCUGCCUGUGUGUUGCGCUGCAGUUUUUCCAGCAGAUGUGCGGUGGAAACUUGAUCUCGACAUACAUUUCCACUAUCUUCGAAGAGGAUCUAGGCAUGACCAGUGAUCUUGCUCGUAUUCUGAGCUCUUGUGCCAUGACCUGGAAGUUCCUAUGCUCUUUCAUCGCCUUCUUCGCUAUUGACAGACUCGGUCGCCGAAAGAUCUUUAUGAUUAGCGGUACCGGCAUGUCCGUCUGCAUGAUGGUUCUGGCCAUCACGAAUAGUUUCAAAGAUAACCGUGCUGCAUCGAUCACGUCUGCCUUUUUCAUGUUCUUGUUCAACAGCUUCUACCCCGUUGGAUUCCUCGGUGGAAACUUCCUCUAUUGCACUGAGGUCGCUCCAAUGCGUCUGCGUGUCGCCAUGUCCGCCAUCUCUACUGCCAAUCACUGGCUGUGGAACUUUGUGGUUGUCAUGAUCACGCCAGUGGCCCUGGAUACUAUCGGGUACAGAUAUUAUAUUGUUUAUGCCGUUAUCUCAGCUUGCAUUCCUGUCUCGGUCUACUUCUUCUACCCCGAGACCAUGAAUCGUAACCUCGAGGCAUUGAACCAUGUGUUCCGUGAUGCCUCCACACCUUGGCAAAUUGUCAAUAUGGCUCGCCACCUACCUCAGGGUGAGGCUGCUGAGGUGGAUGUGUGGAUGCGGGCAGAGGAAAAGGGGAUUGUUGAGCAGAAGGAGGACGCUUAA